GUGCAGGGAUUGGAGAGUGGAAACUACCUGAGGGCAAGAACCCAGUUUUAGCCACUUGAACACUAGCUUGGGUGCGGCAGCGGCGGCUCAGACCGGUUCCACCGCUGAUAGGCUUCCCCCCCUGUUCCUCUGCAACUGUGAUCUAGGACAGACUUGAUGCAUGCCCGAGAGUACCCUUGGGAGUCUUUUCUAUCAAUUUCACGUGUGCAAUCUGAGCUACUUUAAAUUCCUGUGAAGAAAGGUGCCCUUUUCGUGUUAGGGCCGUUUUCCUCCAGUCCGUACAAAGCAGGGCAGGUAGAAGAGCAGGGGAAAACGUGAGAGCCACUUCUGGAGGGAAGGAGCAGAGCUCAAAGGACUGAAGAAUAGCACAAGACGACGCACACGGCGACGCCGGAGACCAGCUCUGCUAGCCAAGCUCGGGUUUCCCCAAGGCCCCGCCUCCUCCACGAAGCCCGACCCUUUCUAGGGCGGGACCUUCCACUUCAGCCAAUUCUGGGAGCCGAACCCUGGCGGUUUGUACUCUUUCUUUCCAAUGAGAAAAAAGGGAAGCUGCUUGGCUCCAAUGACCAAUCCGAGGAGGCGGCGCCUGGUUGUCAGGCAGGUUUGUAAGAGUUCGGGCCAAUCGGAAGCGCAGCCACGGCUCGGCCCGGGCGCAGCGCGCAGGCGGUGGCGAAGAGACGCCGAGCGGGCCGAGUGCGGCCGAGCAGAGCCGGAGCCGGAGCGGGGCCGCAGGAGCCGGGCCGGGUGUGGACCGGCCGAGAUGCCCUAUAAACUGAAGAAGGAUAAGCAGGAACCCCCAAAGCUUGCCAAAGGCACAGCCAAGCCCAGCAGCUCAAGCAAGGAUGGUGGAGGGGAGAACACAGAUGAGGCUCAGCCCCAGCCCCAGCCACCAUCAUCCAACAAGCGACCCAGCAACAGCACACCACCCCCAACACAACUCAGCAAAAUCAAGUACUCAGGGGGACCCCAGAUUGUCAAGAAAGAACGACGCCAAAGCUCCUCCCGCUUCAACCUCAGCAAGAACCGGGAGCUACAGAAACUUCCUGCCUUGAAAGAUUCACCAACCCAGGAACGUGAGGAGCUGUUCAUCCAGAAGCUACGCCAGUGCUGUGUCCUCUUUGAUUUCGUGUCAGACCCACUUAGUGACCUCAAAUUCAAAGAGGUGAAGCGGGCUGGACUCAAUGAGAUGGUGGAGUAUAUCACCCACAGCCGUGAUGUUGUCACCGAGGCCAUCUACCCUGAGGCUGUCACCAUGUUUUCAGUGAAUCUCUUCCGGACGCUGCCUCCUUCAUCAAAUCCCACAGGAGCCGAGUUUGACCCUGAGGAAGAUGAGCCUACCUUGGAAGCUGCCUGGCCACAUCUCCAGCUUGUGUAUGAGUUUUUCUUACGUUUCUUGGAGUCUCCAGAUUUCCAGCCAAAUAUAGCCAAGAAGUACAUUGACCAGAAGUUUGUACUUGCUCUCCUGGACCUAUUUGAUAGCGAAGACCCUAGAGAGCGGGAUUUCCUCAAGACCAUUUUGCAUCGCAUCUAUGGCAAGUUUUUGGGGCUCCGGGCUUAUAUUCGUAGGCAGAUCAACCACAUCUUCUACAGGUUCAUUUAUGAGACUGAGCAUCACAAUGGGAUUGCUGAACUCCUGGAGAUCCUCGGCAGCAUCAUCAAUGGCUUUGCCUUGCCCCUUAAGGAAGAGCACAAGAUGUUUCUCAUCCGUGUCCUGCUUCCACUUCACAAAGUCAAGUCUCUGAGUGUAUACCACCCUCAGUUGGCAUACUGUGUGGUACAGUUCCUGGAGAAGGAGAGCAGUCUCACUGAGCCGGUGAUUGUGGGACUUCUCAAGUUUUGGCCUAAGACCCACAGCCCCAAGGAGGUGAUGUUUCUGAAUGAGCUAGAGGAGAUUCUGGAUGUCAUUGAACCUUCAGAGUUCAGCAAAGUUAUGGAGCCGCUCUUCCGCCAGCUUGCCAAGUGUGUUUCCAGCCCCCAUUUCCAGGUGGCAGAGCGUGCCCUCUACUACUGGAACAAUGAGUAUAUCAUGAGCCUGAUCAGUGACAAUGCUGCCCGCGUCCUCCCUAUCAUGUUUCCUGCACUCUAUAGGAACUCCAAAAGCCACUGGAACAAGACAAUCCAUGGACUGAUCUACAAUGCCCUGAAGCUCUUCAUGGAAAUGAACCAGAAGUUGUUUGAUGAUUGUACACAACAGUACAAGGCCGAGAAGCAGAAGUGA